AUGGAAGCAGCGAAGAAAGAUUCGCAGAUGCUAUCGACGUCUAUCCAGCCAAACCUCGCGUCAGCUAACACAGUGUCACGCGAUGCAGCUGUGAACCCGAAGUGGAAGACUGGCACCAUCUCGUGUUUUCGUUGCGGAGGCGGGCAUUACGCCACACAGUGCCGUCAUGCAAGUACCACUUGUCACAAGUGUCGGGGAAAGGGGCAUCUGGCACGAGUGUGCAAGGGGAAGACAGCGGAUGCAACCGCCGGCGGCCCGACGACGUCCACUAGAAUACCGAGAUCGGUCCACACCUUGGACGGAGCGGGCCAGUCACAAGAUGUCUCACUGCCAGAAGUCUACGAGAUGUGGGAAAUGACAUCUUCUGCAGUCGACGGCCAACCUUUCCGAGUGGAAGUUACGGUGAACGGGACUCCAUUGCUGAUGGAACUUGACACGGGAGCUAGCGUGUCUGUUGUGUCUGAGGAGACAUUUCGACGCGAAUUUCCAUCAAGGCAGCUGGACCCGUCGCGCAUCAUGCUGAAAAGCUAUUCAGGUGAACUUUCCCCGGUUCAGGGAAACCUUACUGCAACGGUGAGACUUGGAAACCGCGAAUGUCAGGACAUCCUGUAUGUUGUCCCUGGCACCUGCCCAUCUCUGCUAGGACGUGGCUGGAUGAAAGGCCUUGGCAUCAAGCUUUCCAACGUGAAGGAUGUCAACUUCGUGACUUUUGUUGCGAAGCUCGUUGCUGAAUACUCCAGUAUCUUUGAUGAAGGUCUGGGAACUUUCAAGGGGGUGGCCGCAAAGAUAAAUCUUCAGGACAACGCCAAACCAAGGUUUUUCAAGCCUCGUUCAGAUCAGCGCAAUUGUUGCGUUCACCAGCAACAAGAAAGAAGUAAAGAACAAGAUACAAAUUCCACUCACCAGGGCAGGAAGCAGUCUGCAGCCGCGUUGCGAGCUCUUCGAAACGAAGAACAGCAAAACGUCGCCCCACUGAACCUUGGCAGCGACUCCUCCGACGACUUCGACAUCCUGGAUAUAAGCGUCUGUUCAGCAGACACCCGCCGAGACUGGAUAAUCACCGCAUCCGUGGUUCAAGGCACUGGAUCUCGCACCACGGUCGAGCUCAAGGUGGACACCGGCUCGCAAGCAAACCUGAUCCCGUUCUCGGUCUUCCGAAAGGUGGGCCAAACAUCUAGCCUUCGCCCCAGUGGCUCAACACUCAGGAACUACGAUGGAGGUGUGAUAAAGCACUUGGGUAUUGCGACGUUGCGACUGAGGCUUCAUGGCAUGGAAAGAUCAGAAAUUUUCUUUGUUGUAAAGAAUGGACGCCAAGCAAUCCUAGGGCUACAAGCAUCGGAGAUGUUCGGUCUUGUCACGCGCGUUGGAUCUGUAGGCAUUGAGAGGAGCGUGCCUCAGGAGUUUGCAAGCGUCUUUUCGGGAACGGGUUGCGUCAGUCGUCGUUACCACAUGGUUCUCCAAGAACACGCCCAGCCAAGUGUUCAGCCGGCCCGGCGCGUGCCUCUAGCUCUACGCGAACCUCUGAAAAACGAGCUGCAACGAAUGGUAAAGCAUGGCAUCAUCGAGAAAGUCGACGCACCCACAGACUGGUUCGUUCCCGGAAAGAACCUGCUGGUGGCUGACAUGCUCUCAAGAGCACCAGUCAAUGACGGCUCCCAAGAGUCAACUGCCGACGUUGAGAUUCACGCAACCGGUGUCCUGUGGGACUUGGUGUCUGCAGCUACCCUGACACGGUUGACAGCAGAAACUGCAAAAGAUCUAGUACUACAACAGGAAUAGGCAGCACCUACAAAAGACACAAGAACAGUUCCAUCUGGAGGAGGCUGACGGUACUGGCAGUGAAUCGGAAGAAUCUCUGUACUCGAACGACAAUGAAGAACCACCAACAGUGUGCCAGCCCGCCGUAGCCACAGCUCCAAGUACGCCUGAAAACCGCCUCGGCGCAACUAGAGCUGCGAGCACAACAGCUGGGGGUAGCUCCCUUCAACAAGGGACCCAGCCUCGAAGAUCAACCAGGCAGCGCAAGCCUCGGGCUGCACUAACAUAUGACGAAAACUUUCAUCAAAUAGUCCGAUUCGUUUUCUUUCUUGUUUUUUUUAGUGUGUCAUGAAGUUUUUUUGUUUGUUCAUAUUUUACUUCGUUCAUUUUCAUAUAUAACUUCUUCUUAGUGUUUAUAUUGUUUGUUUGUUUUUUUAAAGAAAGGAAGAUGUACCGUAUGUAAGUCUGGACACCAUGGGCACCGGCUAUAUAUAUAGUGACGUGGACCAAUUAAAGUCAGUCCUGCUGCUGGAGCCAGACUGAGCGGUCAUGUCUUGUCUC